CGACCGUCGGCCCGACACGUGACUGCCAUACAAGACGAUGACAAUCCAGUCCGAGGACAACGACUGAUUUAAUAUCGUGGGUAUAUGAGUCUAUCGUACUGCUCUCAGAUAUUCCCCUGUCACAUAUUAAUAUAUCCAUUGACCUGCGCUUCCGUUGGUCAAUAAAUACAUAUACACACAUCAUGACCGACUCCGGGAAGAUCACCAUCUCCAUUGACCGCGGCGGCACAUUCACCGACGUCCAUGCAAUUGUGCCUGGCCAGUCAGAUAUCAUUCUUAAGCUCCUUUCAGUCGAUCCUUCACAUUAUCAAGAUGCACCCACCGAGGGUAUUCGCCAAAUCUUGGAGCGCGUCACGGGGGAGUCACAUCCGCGUGGCCAACCGUUGAAGCUCGACCGCAUCGGCUGCCUCCGAAUGGGCACGACGGUCGCUACGAAUGCAUUGCUUGAGCGCAAGGGUGCCCGAUCAGUAUUAUUCACCACCAAAGGAUUCCGGGAUCUGCUUAAGAUUGGUGACCAGUCUCGUCCAGCCAUCUUUGACCUGUCUAUGGCUCGACCCGGAGUGCUGCCAGAAGGCGUUGUCGAAGUCAAUGAACGAGUGGUUCCAUGUCAUCCUGCCGCCGACGAGAAUUGCUUCUCUGGUUCUCGGAUUGUGGAAGGAAUCACGGGCGAGAAGUUCCGCGUCGUGCAAGAGUUGGAUCUAGCCCAGGUGCGGACAGAGCUCCAGCGCCUUAAGGAGCAAGGGUAUCAAUCUCUCUCGGUUGCCCUGGUACAUUCAUUUGCCUAUCCGGACCAUGAAAUUCGGAUUGGGGAGAUUGCAGAGCAAAUGGGAUUUUCCGUCACACUAUCUUCCAAGCUGCAGCCCAUGAUUAAGAUCGUGCCUCGUGGCAUGUCGGCCGCAGCUGAUGCUUACCUCACGCCCGUGAUCAAGACUUAUAUCGACUCCAUCUCGGCCAGCUUUGAAGGUGGUCUGGAGAGCCAGCAAGAAUGUCGGUUUGAAUUCAUGCAGUCUGAUGGUGGACUGGUCGACUUCCGCAAGUUCAGCGGUUUGAAGGCAAUUCUUUCUGGACCCGCUGCGGGAGUGGUUGGAUUUGCAGCAACCAGUUGGGAUCCAGUUGAGAAGAUCCCGGUCAUUGGAUUCGAUAUGGGCGGUACAUCUACUGACGUCUCUCGAUUUGAUGGACACUUGGAACACGUCUUUGGAUCUAAAGUCGCCGGUGUUCUAAUCCAGUCACCCCAGCUUGAUAUUAACACGGUCGCCGCUGGCGGUGGCUCCAUUCUCACAUGGCGCAACGGCCUAUUCUAUGUUGGCCCUGAGUCUGCCAGUGCUCAUCCAGGCCCAGCCUGCUACCGCAAAGGGGGUCCGUUGACCGUGACUGACGCCAACCUGUUCCUGGGUCGACUGCUACCCGAGUACUUCCCCCACAUUUUCGGUCCCAAUGAGGACCAGCCACUCGACACGGAGAUCACCGCACAAAAGUUCCUCGCGUUGACUCAAGAGAUCAACGUUGAGCGUCGGCAGAACCUCCAACCAGAGUACAGCCCCGAAGAAGUUGCUUUAGGAUUCCUCAAGGUCGCCGACGAGUCAAUGGCCCGGCCCAUCCGCAAUCUCACCGAAGCCCGUGGUUUCGAAACCGCCUCCCACCAUUUGGCGUGCUUCGGAGGUGCUGGUGGUCAACAUGCAUGCUCUGUGGCCGUCUCUCUUGGAAUCUCGCGUAUUAUCAUCCACAAAUAUUCUUCGGUGUUGUCAGCUUACGGAUUAGCGCUAGCAGAAGUUGUCAAAGAGUCACAAGAGCCGGUGUCUUCAGACUAUCUUUCUUCUCGUUCAACUCUGCUCCAACGAUUUGAUGACAUGGCCGCAGCUGCGACAACAGAGAUGCAAGCACAGGGAUUUGUAUCGAGUCAGGUGCGACAUGAGCAGUACCUGAACAUGCGUUACGAAGGGUCAGACACGAGUCUCAUGGUCCUACGACCUGAAGGAUCCUCCGACUUCCUGACCGAAUUCCGCGAGCGCCACCGUCGCGAGUUCAACUUCAACUCCGAGAGAGCUGUGCUGGUCGAUGAUAUCCGUGUGCGUACGAUCGCCUCUUCCAAGGUCCGCACCGAGCGCAGCCCUCUCCUGCAACUGAAGGAUGCCAAUCUCCACGAUGUCACAACGAAGCCGGCCAACACCACAUCCGCUUACUUUGACGGAUAUCCCACGCGCAUCGACACCCCCGUAUAUCUGCUCGAUCAAUUAGAGAAGCACAGCCGCAUCUUCGGUCCUGCCGUUAUCAUUGAUCAGACCCAGACGAUUGUGGUUGCUCCCAACUCUGUUGCAAACCUGCUUGAAACAUGCAUUGUCAUCGACAUCCUAAAGGAGACUCAAACAGUUUCAGCACCGGAAACUCAGACCACGUCCGAGGUUGACCCGAUCCGUCUUAGCAUCUUCGGACACAGAUUCAUGUCUAUAGCCGAACAGAUGGGGCGAACUCUUCAGAAGACUUCCGUGUCGACCAACAUCAAGGAACGGUUGGAUUUCUCCUGUGCCUUGUUCUCCCCCGACGGAGGUCUUGUUGCAAACGCUCCUCACGUUCCUGUGCACUUGGGCUCGAUGCAAUUUGCAGUCCGUUACCAGCAUCAAAAGUGGCUGGGUAACUUGAAGGACGGCGAUGUACUUGUGGCCAACCACCCUAGCUGCGGUGGCACUCAUCUCCCUGAUAUUACGGUCAUCACUCCCGUCUUCGAUAGACCAGGUGGCACCGAGAUUGUGUUCUACGUCGCAUCGCGCGGUCACCACGCCGACAUUGGCGGUAUCCUACCCGGUUCCAUGCCCCCCAAGUCGACUGAGCUGUGGCAGGAGGGUGCAGCCAUUGAAGGUGACAAGAUUGUUAGCGAUGGAGUUCUCGACGAAGCCCGUCUGAUCGAGCUACUGGUCACCAAGCCUUCUCAAUACCCUGGCUGUUCAGGUGCACGCUGCAUCAGUGACAACCUGUCCGAUCUCAAGGCACAAAUCGCCGCCAACACCCGAGGUAUCAGCCUCAUCCAGACUCUGUUCAACGAGUAUGGUGUCGAAACCGUGCAAAAGUACAUGUACGCCAUUCAGGCUACUGCCGAGACGGCCGUUCGGAACCUGCUCAAGGGCUUACACCAGAAGUUCGGUGGUCAGCCUCUGGAGGCAGUUGAUUACAUGGAUGAUGGUACACCCAUCCGCCUCAAGGUGACUAUCAAUGAAUCGGACGGAUCUGCCAUCUUCGACUUUGAGGGUACCGGGCCUGAAGUGUACGGCAGUUGGAACGCACCCAUUGCAAUCACUCAUUCCGCCAUCAUCUAUUGUCUGCGGUGCAUGAUCAACGCGGACGUCCCCCUGAACCAGGGCUGCCUCGCCCCGAUCGACAUCCGCGUCCCUUCUCCUAGCAUCUUGUCUCCGACAAAGACCGCCGCAGUCGUGGGAGGCAACGUGGUCACCUCCCAGCGCAUCACCGACGUGGUCCUCAAAGCCUGCCGAGCCUGCGCCGCAUCACAAGGUUGCUGCAAUAACCUGACAUUCGGCACCGACCCCAAGAUCGAUGCCGAGACCGGAACGGUGAUCACCCCUGGAUUCGGCUACUAUGAAACCAUUGCAGGCGGCAGUGGCGCUGGCCCUACUUGGAAGGGUGAAUCAGGCGUCCAGGUCCACAUGACCAACACUCGCAUUACGGACCCCGAGAUUCUCGAGAAACGCUACCCGACUCUCCUUCGCCAAUUCACGUUACGCGACGGCUCUGGCGGUCGGGGCAAGAACCCCGGUGGUGAAGGAGUAGUCCGUGACAUUGAGUUCCUCGCUCCAAUGCAGUGUUCUAUCUUGUCCGAGCGUCGUGUGCACCGUCCGUAUGGAUUGGAGGGCGGUCAAGAUGCGCAGCCGGGUUUGAAUCAGUGGAUCACGAAGGAUGUUGAAACUGGUGAGGAGCGACACAUCAAUAUAGGAGGCAAGAACACUGUCUCUGUGAAGACGCAUGACCGGGUGGUUAUCAUGACUGCUGGUGGUGGUGGAUGGGGUGCUGAGGAGGUCGCCGCUUAAUUGCACUGUGUAUUGUUAGACCAUAGAUCUAGAUGGUGCUGAAAUGUGAAUAGACAUCUAUACAUGUGUCAAGAUAAGAUGUAAUGAAUUUAAGACACACAUUAUGUCAAACAGUCCUGAUUGAAUGCGAAAAUUGAGAUGCACUUGAACUUCUAGGAAUAUAAGCCUAAAGUAUUUGACAACCCGUUGUAUCAGCCAUAUGUAGCGCCUCCCUGAUCUAUGUGUAGCAAUGCUCUUCAUGAUCGCGUAGCCAUUGGAUGCAAUCCAUCUUCAUCGGACCAAGAUUCCCAACGCCCGCGGAUCGUAAAAAGCGAAGAUGCAAAGAAGUAUAGCCAAAGCAAGAAAAGAAACAACGCCAGGUGCAAAGUAAACAAUGUUCCAGGCCUCUCAGUAAAAGUCUCGGGACUGGCUUCCAUGUAGUCUCCGAUUUCACUCAAUCACGAUGCGUCCCUCGACCCGGGGGGAUAUGCCAGAGGUCCACGGGGGAAUAAACUCACCCUCGCCAUCCAUGGUGUUGAGGGCUGAUGGCUCUAGUCCAGCAUGUCGCAUCCACUUUCGAACGACACGGCGUGCAAGCUUUAGCCGAUGUUCUUCGUCCUCAGACGACAUUGCAGGGUCUGUCACAUAGUUGAUUGUCGGCAUAGGCGAUGUGAGGAUCUCCGGGUCCUCAUCAGAGUCCGAGUCCAUGGCGUCGCUGUUAGUCCCGCUGGAAGCAACCUGGGCCGCUUCGACUUCCUGAGGGAAGCGUCCAUAAUAAAAAGCAUCGCGACUGGUCCGUUGAAGCGGUGGUCGUGGCUCUAGUCGAUGAGCCGGCGCUUUUUCUGCCACCGGCGACGGCAAAGCAGAGGGUGGUUUGAGCCAGCCACUGCGAUGUAGACUACGGUGCACCAAGCCCCAGUGUCGACGAAGACUGGGACUCCAGCGACGCCAUUUGCCGAGAACCUUGAGGCUGAGGAAGUAUUGGCGCAGGAUAGUGCUAAUGAGCACUCCAUUUUCUUCGCUAACCAGUUCCUCAACGUCACCACCCUCGGAUUUCACCAGCAGCGACGUGAAUCCAUCCUUUCCACGCGCCAUGUAACCACGUGUGGCAACAACGUAUUCCCGUUCUGGGUCAAUAGGUUUUCCACCCAGUCGCGCAAAGGUCAAGCGGGAGCCAGAAGGGCCGUUCAGUUUGAAACCAAAGGAAAUGUUGGAGACUUGAGUGAAUCGACCCUCAAGGGCCGGAAGUUGGCUGACACCGUUUUCCAAUGCAUCCAACAAAGCCUGACCUCGAAGUCGGAGAAGGACUACCGGGUCUUCGAAAGGGAAACAAUUCAACAGGUCUUUUAGCCGUAAAACACCGGGAGGAUAUAUUUGAUCGCCGCGAAUAGUCCCACCGGCCAUCAAUGCACAAUCAGCGGCAUAGUAGUAGCGCAUCAAGUCGCAGACAAAAUUACCCAAAUUCGACUCGCGCUGACGAACAGUAGAGAAUCGACCGUCUAGCGGGCUCACUGUGUAGCCUACGGGCUUCUCAAGUUUUGCCUUGAGGCUGGAGGUUAGUCGAUCAACCAUGGCAAUGGUCGCCGGGUCCUCCGGAAUCGAACGCACGACAUCCCGUCGCAUGAUGUUGAAAUCCCAACCGGUAUCUGUACCAGAUCUGCGAAAAGCUUCGAUGUAACUCAAUUGCUUGAAAUCGGUCCCCGAUCGCAGUACAUGAGUCCCGUUGACAAUUGUAUGAGCGUAGUAGUGAUCAUGUCCUCCAAGAAUGAUAUCAACCAACCCUGGAGGGAGGUUGUUGGCCAAUUUGUUAUCAUUUGGCUCACGCUGAUGAGAAACGACGACAAUCAACUCUGCGCCCUGUUCUCGGAGCUGCGGGGCUAGUUCUUUCGCAGUCGCAGAAGCAGAUUUGUAGAUUAAGUCGGGCGGAAGCGAAUUGAUCGUGCCAAGCCUGGGAAUGGAUAAGUACAUGUGACAGAGUCAUGAAGCGCAUUUCCAGACGAACGUACCAUUCUCUCUCUCCUAGCCCAAUCACACCAAUCUUGAUACCAUUGGAGGAGGUCAGCAAGCACGUUUUCCCGCAAUUGGCGAUUGAAACAUCCUCCCCGAGAGCUGGAUCGAGAACGUUGGCCAGGAGCCAUGGGAAAUGACAUUGGCUCGACAAAUGUCGAAAUUGUGAUACUCCAAAGUCCAGAUCAUGAUUCUGUCCUUGUCAGCACCGUGUCUCAGCCCAUUUCUGAAUGUUGAUGGCCCGUACUCACACCCACACACGCUACGUCGAUCCCAGUUUUAUUCAGGAAGGGCACCAUAUGACGACCCUUUGUGACGGUGCUCUCGAGGCUUGGAUUAAAGGCAUCGCCAGAGAAGAAGGUGAAAACCUCGGGCUGACCGGUAAAUCGGGGGUCGGAGCGGUAAUAGUUCACGAGAGACUGGAAACGGGAGGCACCACCAAUGGGCUCGGCUGAGCCGGACCUACAAAGCUCUCGUUAGCAAGUUUCUAAGCUUGGGCAAAGAGUGAGAGGCGCGAGCAAUCAUACUCGAUGUGAUAAACGUCAUUGAAGUGGAUCAGUCGCAGAUCGGGCGAGCCGGUAUGGUUCGACUCAUGGGUGACGGAUAGACCGUCGCACUCGAGGUUUGACAUGGAAACCCUGACGGAAUAAGAUUGAUACAAGGUGGAGUAAGUCGAGAAGUGAGGAGGAAGAAGGGAGAAGGAUCAAUAGAGGGUGAAGAGGGAGACGAAGAGAGGUAGCCAGCUGUUUACAAAGGUGGGACAAGCGGGAAUCCGGGGAAUCCGAGGCGGGGAGUGACUGAGCUCCUUGGUGCCUGGAUGCCUGGAUGCCUGGAUACCUGAAGAGAAGAAAGAAUGUAAUUUGGAUGAGAACGAAAUAGCCAGAUGCAAUUGUCCAACGCCUAGCGCCAUGCAACGAGGUAUCCUAAAAAUGAAGGGAGAUAAUAGCUAAAUGAAAAUAAAAGGUCGUUACUGAGUCAUUGUGGUCACAAUUUCUGCUCCGUCACAGUCCAUCGCCGUCUCGAAGCCGCGUCGCGGUCCUCCAAGGACGGCGCACUGCCCCACAGCCCACGCUGAGAGAGUGUACGCUUGGGUAAUUGUUUCGUCCAUCCAGACUGGUCAACAAUUGCAUUUGACGGUGACGAGUCGCGACUCACGGAUCGUGGAGCUCCGAAAUUCGGGACAAAGUCAUCCUCGGCACCUUCAUCAGCUUCCUCGGUGGGAGACGCGAUAGAGCCCCAAAGGCCCGAUGCUCCUCGCGAACCUAGCGUGGUGGGAGACGGACGAGAAUUCAUGGACCAACUGCGAGAACCAGGUCCCGUCUUAGGGGUGGGAUCGAUGAAAAAGGAACCUUGCAAGAUCGAUGCUGAUGGACGCGAGCCGAGGCGAUUGCGAUAGGUCGGGAUAGAGGGCGGGGGGAGUGGCUGUGGAGCCGAGGAAGAGGACAGCGAAGCGAGCUGAGAGGGGUUCACCCCCGCACGCAGGUGGUCACUCGAGGCGAUGAGUUGUAAUGAGUACUCAUGGGAGACCGACCGAUCCUCCUGACUGCUGGGUGAGGAGGGGGAGGAGCUGCCAGGGGAGAUGGCCGUGCGGUCGGAGUCUGGGGUUGUGUUCUUCCUCACGCGGUCUCGUCGCACUGCCAUGGUGAGGGAGGCAGUACCGAUGUCCAGGAGUACUGAGCGCCCAGCGAGGGAGCCAAUCAGAGCGUUACAAUCCGCUCCGUGCGUGAUGAUAAUAAGCACGGUCUGGGCAGAGUUGUCCUUGCGCUGUGAGGCAUUAGACAAGGCCCUGGAUCGGUCGCCGACACUCCCCUGUUGGCGGUAAUAGUCCACCAUAUGUUGGAACCCUCUAUGUAUCCUCUCAUGCAUGCUGCUCCAUUCCUCGCCGUACUCGCCGCCCGUGCCCCAGAACGGUUUUCGCAUGCUAUCCCAUUGGUAGUCGAUCCUGGUACAAGCGUCCCGUGCAUGCGCCACAUAGCCGGCUGGGAUGGGAUCCGAGGGAGAGACUGCAUACCCGGGAGUCGGGGGCACGUAAGCCGCAUCGACAGCGGAGGGGAGAUCGGUGUUCAAGCGGCCCAAGGCUAGAGGGGCACCGUUGGUCGGAGUGGUGCCCUGAAGAGUAUCGUAGGUGCUGGCCCGCGGUCGCUGAGGCUGCUGGCCAGAAGGGGUGGCGGUUGACGAGAUGCGUGAGGGUAGCCGGCGGUCAUCAUCCUCAUUAGGCGAUACUGGGUGAGACUGACUGCCCCAUCCACCAGGAAAGUGACCCGACGAGGACCUUAUGUCCCGCACCAUCGGAAUUCCCUCGGCACGACGAAGAAGCUCAGCUUUGGCCGAGACGACCAUCCUGUCCGACGCGGGUGGCGGAACAAUCUGGUCAAAGUAAUCAGGCGAUAACCACUCGCCCAGGAACGCGUCGACGCGCAGAAGAGGUCGGACAUCCUGACUCCCGACCUCUCCUGCGUGAAGCUGAGACCCGGGUGGUGAUUCGACCGACUCGGACAGUUCACCCCCGGGCCGAUAGUGACUGAGGCCUGCACUCACGCCGAUCGCCGUUUGUAAACAUCGUAGGUAUGGAGACGUGUGGACGAUGACGUUGUAUCGCGGAGACGAGUCCGAGGAUGCGGAGGUCGCUUGCAAUUUAGUGGGGGCAUCCGAGGACAGAAACGGGCCAGGUUUAGCCUCUGGUUCCUUGCCUGUGAACUCGGAAUCUUGCAAGAGACUGGCAAUGCGAAGACCAAGCGCCCGUGCCUGCAUCCAUCCACCGUACGACAAAGGGGGGUCAUAAGGGGUAGGAGAGGUCAAAUGCCAGUCCUUGUCGGCCGCAUCAAGACGCGCACCAUGCCUAGUCGAGGUUAUUUGAGUGUCAACGCUAUAGCAAUAUUUGACCCCACAUACCUGGCGAUGAAGACAAUGGGCGGAGCGUUCGCCAUACCGUCUAAACAAAGAGUGGGGGAAGGAGUAUGGAGGGGUUACCACGGCUGCCGGUAUCUCCAACGCGGCAGCAACAGCAACUCGAGCUGAUUACAAAAGCCGGUUGAAGCUCAACUGAGCAUGGCCAGGUAGCAGGCAGCACGUAGUGCUGAAAAGCCGCGAGAUUUUGAGGGAGU